UGUUGAAUGAUUGAAUUAAACCGUCUUUUUGUCAUUCCUUUUUACUUCUAUCUAUGUUGGUGCGUGAUUGUUCAUUUAUGCUUGAUGUUAAGUAGAACAGAAUGAGUUUAAUUUUUUUCAUGUUUUUAUGGAUUUUGUUUAUAUAUUUUGAAGAUAGCAUUUUGGGUUAAAUGGGUUCAAGUGGCUAGGGUCAAAUUUGCAAGGUAGAUGUGAUUGUCUUCAAUUCUCAACAAAAUAAGGUAGAAUUGACACAAUUUAGGGCCAAACCAAGCUAAGUGUUGUGUUUGUGCCAAUUAAGUGGAGUCGGCUACAUGAACCCUUUUUUUAGAUGGUGAUUUUAUUGCUCUUUUUUUGUCCAAUUGUUAAUGAAUCUUUCAAGCACAUGAUGUAGUCUGUUUGGUAGAUUUUGGAUCUCUAAAACCCGAUGUCAUAGUUGGUUUGAUUUUGAAGAUGUUUGAAGAUAAUGUUUUCAUUUUGUUCGUCUUUCUUUCCAACACCAAAUAAUAUGUAUACAUAUCCUAUGUGGUUCGGUUUGUUUAGGAUAUGAUGCCUUAAAGGCCUCUGAAAACAGCAACAUUGUGGCAAAGACACCACAUCAAUAUUUUUUUUUUGGAAAAUUUUCUUGAAACGAUGUGGUUUAUCACAAUAAAUGGCAAAUCAAAUUUGCUACCCUCUUAAAAACAUAGCAAAGUUAUAACCUCAAUGGGUUGGCCUAGUGGCAAGGCUUUCAGUUUUGGGGGUGUGCUCCCUCCAAGGUUCAAGGAUCGAAAUCUCUUGAGUGCUAGCAAUUCCUUGGGGCUAUUGGACUGGAGAAAAACCCUUGAAUUAACCGUGGUGUACUUGCAGAAACUCCUUGCCGAGGGCUUGUGCAUCCUUGGGGAUUAGUUGGGCUUUACUCCGGACCCUCCGGUGCCAAUCAAAAAAAAAAAAAAAAAAACACAACAAAGUUAUCGUAUUGAAUCUCACACAAUAAAUGAGUUUUUUAAUUAAAUGAAGGGUAAACUGCACCAACCUCCCUUGAGGUUUGGGAAAUAUAAAGUUAUGUAAGGGUAAAGUUUUUUUCCAAACCUUAGGGCUGAUGAGUUUAAUUUGCCCUUAAAUAGUGAUAUUGGUGGAUGCAUAGAUCCAUUUAGUAUUUCAUAUUUGGAUCCAUUACAUUUUUAUGAUAAUUGGAAGUUAGUAAUAAGUUUGCUAUUUUCAUUGGAUUGUCAAAUCUCAUAUAUACAAAUAAAGUAGCAUGUGGCAUAUUUGGAUAUUUUUUACACAAUAAAUGUGAUUUUAAAUCAUAUUUCCAAUUUGAUCAUACUUUUCAUUCAAUCUCAAAUAAGUUAUAUUUAUUUACUAAACUCAUGUUGUUUUGAAAGAGUUUACAAUAAAUUUUGAAAUUUUGUUUUGAAAAUACAACUUCAAAGCUGAAGUUGUGUUAUGAAUAUACUACUCAAAAACAUUUUGCAUUUAAAAGGGCACGUGUAGGAUUUUGUAGUUAGGGUGUAUUCGUGGAUCAUAUUUUAGGGCACAACUUCACAUUCAACUCGUGACACGAAAUUUUUGGAAGCAUGUUAAUCAAGAAUGGAAGUCUCAAUAUUAAAGUUCAACUUCGGGCAUAUCAGAUGUUGAAAUCAACACUCAUUCCCUUAGAUUGUAUUUGAAUCAUGGAUUUGGAAAGGAAAAGGAAACAUGUCAACCACCUUUUCUCUUUUUACUUUUUAUUGUUUUAUUUUUUCAAAUCCAUAAUCCAAACACUACCUUAAAAAAUGUAUCAAUUGCUUUUUGGCUUGCCAAUGAAUACAUGUAAGCUUUUGAUAACUUGAAAAUUUAUUUAUACAUUACUUUAAAAUCUGUCACCACCGUCAACAUACUCUUGAGACUGCGAUGCCGAACUUUCCCGAUGAGAUCAUUGUCAAGGUACUCUUUAGGUUCCCUGUCAAAUCUCUCUGCCAAUUCAGGUGUGUUUCAAAACGAUGGCUCUCUCUUAUCUCCGACCAUCAUUUCAUCAAAACCCACCUCAAUCGCAACACCAACAAACCCGAACAACUCAUUCUCAUUUCGAAUUUUUCUGAUUUCUAUUAUGUGGAUCUGAAAUCAUUCCAAUUCCGUGACGAUUUUGUGGCAAUCCACCUGAAAUUCCCACCUGAGCAAAACCCUAAUCGUUGUGUUGCUAUUUGGGGUUCAUGUAAUGGCUUGUUGUUGAUGCUUGAUAUUUGUUUCUCUUGCAUUUUGGUGAACCCAUCUACUAGACAAUCUCGAAAAUUGCCCAAAUCAUCUUUUUCUAAGUCUAAAUUUCAUUUGAAUAGUUAUGGGCUUGGUCAUGACUCAUCUAAUGAUGACUACAAAGUUGUGACAAUUUCUAAUCAUGACCAAGAUGCUAAUUGUGCUGAUAACAUGGUCAGUGUGUAUACCCUAAGGACGAAUUUGUGGAGAAGGAUUGAGGAUUCUCCUUAUGACCAUACAGUUCAUGGACCUUCACGAGGGAUUCUUGUUAGAGGGGCUCUCCACUGGUUAGCUCGUAAAGGUGUGGGUUCGAAUAAAUCCACUGUAAUUGUUUCAUUUGAUUUAGCAGAUGAAAAUUUUCGAGAUAUGCCAUCUCCAGAUUCUGUUGACAACUUUAUCCUAGUUGAAGACCUUGGUGUUCUUGGAGGGUGCCUUUGUGUGCUUGUUCCUGGCUAUGGUGUUGAUAAUGAUGUUUGGGUGAUGAAGGAGUAUGGCAUGAGGGAUUCUUGGAUCAAAUUUACAAUCAAUUGUAAUAAUUUUUGUAAACCAUUGUGUUUAUCAACGACUGGUGAAGUUUUGUUGGAGGGUUGUCAAAAAAGAGUUGGUCCUCUUCAAUCCACAAGAGAGAAAAUCUGAGGAACUUGUGGUUCAAGGCAGUCCAUAUCUUUUUGAAGCAGGAACUUACAUGGAGAGCCUUGUUUCACCCAAUUUCAGUAAUAUUAAUGAUCAUGAGGGAUCAAGGUUGGUACUGGAUAGGUAACAUGGAUUGGGUUAAUUUAGUUUUUUCCCCAUUCCAUUUUAGUUCUGUCUGUCUAUGUUAUUGCAUCACUUUCUCUUUUUCCUUAAUCUUAUUAGAAUGGUGUGAGUUUAAUUUGUCAUGUUGUUUGGAGAAAACAAAUGUCCUUGAUGUUAGUAUGGAGUUUCUCUUCGAUGAUCACAGACAGAGGUUUAAGGCCUUUCCAGUAUUUCUUGGCAGUGGUGAUGUUUAGUUUGAUUAUAUGGAUGAUUGAACUAAACCAUUUUUUGUCAUUCCAUUGCACUUCUAUCUGUCUAUUUUGCUGCAUAGUUGUUUCUUUUUCCUUGAUGGUAUAUAGAACAGUGUCAGUGUGAGUUCAAUUUACUGUGUUUUAUGGAGUUUGCUUGUAUGUUUUGAAUAUAGAAUUUUGGCUUAAAUGGGUUCAAGUGAUUGGGUCAGAUUCGCUAGGUAGGUGUGAUUGUCUUUGAUUCUCAGACAGGGAGAGACAACCAUAUAUACAAAAUAAGGUAGAAUUUACACAAUUCAUGGCAAAAGCCAAACUAAGUCUUGUGUACCAAUUAAGUGGAGUCGGAUACAUGUUUUGUUCUUUGAUUUUGACCAACUGCAAAUGAAUCUGUGAUCCACAUUAUUUAGUUGGUUAGAUUUUGAAGGUAAUUGAGGUUAUCAUCUUCUCUUUGUUGGUCUUUCUUUACAUCUCAUAAUUUUCUUUCCAACACUAUUAUAUAUAUAAAAUAUCAUAUAUGGUUCAGUUGGUCAGGAUAUGAUGCUUUAAAGGUGUUUGAAAACAAUAACAAUGUGGCAAAGACACGUUACGUCAAUAUUUUAGGAAAGUUUCCCUGAGGUGAACACAUGGAGGGUCUCUCUUUCUUAGGUCCUUCAACUAUAUGAGCCUGUACUGAAGUGACCGAUGGUCUUCAGGUUCCCCAAGUACGGCCUGAAGCAUGUGAUGAUUCCAAGACUGAAGCUGAUUCGUCGAUGCCAAAGACAUUUAGGUUGGAUGAGUCAUCCAAUCCCCCGAGUCCUUGCUUCUCCCCGUUUGAUUGAAGAAUCAGCUCUAUAAGGCCUUGAUAAUGUUCAUGGAUCUUUACUGGAAGUAAGAAUUUAUCAAGAUGCCUAUGGAACGGAAAAUAAAUGUCUUACUUGGAUAGGCUUGACUGAAGUCUAUUUAUUCUCUGUUGAUGUUACUCAUGUUAUUUUGUGGUGCCAGUACUGUGAACUUCUAUAAACUUCUGUGUAAUAUAAUAUUUGUGUUAUGCUUUGGUAGUGCUAUUUCCUCCUCAGAUUUAA